AUGUUUAAUAAUUUUUAGUUGAAAAAGAAAAUGGAAAUUCAUUAACCUCAUUUGAAUUUAAAACAAAAAGGCUAGGUUAUUACUUAAUUUUAGAAAAAAAACAUUCCUUUAAAUUAAUAAUGCUAAUAAAAAAAUCAAUCAAUAAAAAUGAAUUCAAUUGUUAAAUCAACCUAAAUCUAAAAUUAAAGAGUUUAAAAGAGUAUUUCUAAAGAUAUUUGGCAUAAAAAAUCUGUUUCUUUAAAAAUGAAAAAUGCCAUUUUUAAGAAUGGAUUCAAAAUUUAUUGUGGGUAAUUAGUGAAAUACAAAAAAGGAAAUCAAAUUUAUGCUUUUAGAUGUAUUAAAGACAAUAUGAAAUAAUUCAGAUUAAAAGAACUACGAUAAGAUCAUGAUGUAGAUACAGAUGAUGAAUAAAUUUAAAUGGCUACUAAAUAAAUGUUUAUGAGUUUAACAUAAUGUAUUAGAAAUGAAAUGGCAAACAUAGAAUUUCAUAAUCAUUAGAAUUUAUGCCAAAAAACUUUAUCUUUAGUUUAAGAUGAUUUAUGA